AUGGCUUCGCAGAAGGAAGAGCCCGAAUUUCAACUCAUCGGAACCCACACGCGGUAUUCCAGUUGGACAACGCGCGUGGAAACACUCUUGGAAUAUUACCAGAUUCCGUACAAGAAAACAUUUAUCAAGCUUUCAGAAGUCAAAGAACAUUCUGAAUCUGGCCUCGUGCCCGUCCUCACCGCCCGCUCCUUGCCCGCUCACACACAGAUCACCGACAGCCUCUCUAUCUGUGAAUUCCUAGCUGAGUCUCACCCGGACCUCCCCCUAUGGCCAAAAGACCGCUACCUCCGCGCCCUGGCGAGGAGCGCGGUUGCACAGAUGCAUUCCGGCUUCACCGCCGUUAGAAGCACCUACCAUUCUAACUUCAUAGGAAAGUAUACGGGAAAUAUCCCAGUGUCUCAGGAUGCAAAGAAGGAGAUAGAGCGAAUCCUGGCGAUAUGGACAAAUGCGAGGCGGCAGACGACAGUACAGUUGAAGGCACUGGGGAAGGCGGAUGAUGGGUUUCUGUUUGGCAAAUUUGGGAUUGCGGAUUCGUUUUAUUGGCCUGUCCUAUGGCGAUUCCGGACUUACAACCUUCCUCUCACAUACGCAACCCCUGAAGCGGUCGGUUGGAUGAAGAAAAUGUGGAAUGAUCCUACUCUCAAGUCAUUGAUUUCAGACUACUUUCGCCAGGCUGAAGAUCCCGAAACGAUCAUACCGAAGUAUGAAGACAUAUUCAAAACUGAAUAUUCAGAUAUUGAGUACGGGGCUUUCACAGAGGGAUGGGAAUUUGUGGAACCCAAAUAG